AAUGGCAGCGUCCAGAAGCGAUCCAAGAAAACAAUUGUUGAAGUUACCAGGCUUGUUUUGUUUUGGUCAACUACCGAGACCAGCGUUUAGCUACGAUGCGACGGUUAAAUAAGAGUUCAGUCGACGAGAACUAAUAUCUAAUAACUUCGGCAAUGGGAUUACCGAAGCUCAACGUUGGACAAGAAAGUUCUGCGACUGCGGACACACUCUUCGAGGCCAAGUUGGUGUGCCAGGGAGUAAACAACCAGAGCUACAUCUGUGAAUCGGGUCACUGCUGUGGAGAGACACAGUGCUGCAGCUACUACUAUGAACUGUGGUGGUUUUGGCUUGUGUGGGCUCUGAUCAUCAUCCUGACGUGCUGCUGUGUGUGUCAACACUGGCGCUCCAAGCAGCGCUUCCAGCAACAGCGUCGGCAGAACGAGAUCAACCUCAUCGCCUACAGAGAGGCUCACAACAACUCUCACCUUCCCCUCUAUCUCAGAUUUUUGCCAAACUACCUGCUGCCAGCCUAUGAAGAGGUAGUUGACCGUCCAGCCACACCACCUCCUCCCUACACCCCUCUCCAGUCAGCACCUCCACCCACGGACCCACCGGAGGAGGCUACUUGCCCCCAUUUAGCUAUCUCUAUAGCCAGUAAUGCUGAUGCAGCACCCCCUGCAACUCCAGACGCCGUGCAGUCCCAUUCUCACAGCGCUUACAACCCAAACAAGGACUUGACGCCGGGCAGGUACCGGCGUUUCACAGGGGAUUCUGGGAUUGAGGUGUGCGAUGGCCAGGAACUGUGGGAACAGCAGGGCUUUUUAGAAAGUAAAGAGGAGACAGAGGAAGAGGGAGCAGACCAAAUGGAAGACUCCUGUGAUCACCAGACCGUGGAACACAGCCAUAUUAGUGAUUUAGUCGCUCAAGAAAACACAAAUGGACUUGCAGCUGUGGAUACAGAGCCAUAGCCUCUGAGGUAAUCCAGAAUCAUGUUUUUAUGUCUGCAGAAACUUUUUUUUUUUUCAGCAGUUACUGAUGCAAUAUUAUAUCUUUGGUGCUCAGGGGUUUGGUCUGUUCGUAAAUGUCUGAGUUUGACACCAGUGUGUGUGGCAGACCCAGAGACAAAUAAAAGGUAUAUCCAAAUAUUUUAAUAAUUUCCAGAAUCUAAAGCUUUAUUGUGCAGCCUCUGGUUUUGAGCAGUGUGUUUGUGUACUGUGACAUGCUGUCAUUUUGUCAACCAUAUACUCAAUAUAUGCAUUACAGCUAGAGCUUGAUCAAUUAUUUGAUACUUGAAAAUGUUUUUAAAAGAAAAAAUCAAAUUCUUAAUUAAAGUGGAUUUCUUUUUAUACUUAACAAAAACACUUUGUAUGAUAUUUUUGUAAUCUGACUGUUAAAGAACUCUCACAAGAUAAAGUGUGUAACUGUUGCUCAUGCACAAAACAGGGUUGAGGAUAAGCAUUCACCACUUCUCACAGUGAAGUUAAGAUUCAUUAAAACAAACCUGAGGAGCGAAUUUGCGCACCUGUACAGAAAUUCUGACCCAGACUUACAAGCAUUUACGAUACCAGAAAUAUUUGCAGCCCUAAUGGUGAAGAAAAUGAAAAGGAGCCAGAUUUUAGAAUGAUCCUCUCACAGAUUUACUCUCAGUACAAUAUAAUACAAUAACAUACAAAUAAUCAUGUGUUCACAAUGUGAUCAACAUUCAGGCAGGAGGUAUAAACAUUUCUUUGUGCUUGUAGGACAUCAAUUUUUCCCAACACCCCUCGAUUUUAAAAGAUCCAAGAGAACUUAAGUUUCAAUAGUUCCCUGAGUCAUUACUAAUCCAGUUUUAAACCAUUAAGUGUCAGGUUCCGAUUCAUCAACACAUACCCAGUAAGACAUAGCAUUUGUAGAUUUCUAACGAAAUAUAAUCCUAAUGGUAUGAAUAUUUUAACAGUUACAGUUUUACUUUUUCUGAUAUUUUUUUAUAAAACUUCUGAGACUCAUCAAAAUGUGUACUCCGAUCAGCCAUAACAUUAAAACCCCGUGCGUAACAUUGUGCAAGUCCCCCUUGCACUGCCAAAACACUGUUGUCCUGUCGGGGCUGAGACUCUGCAAACCUCUGAAAAGUUUCCUGUGGUAUCAAGCAGCAGGAUGUUAGCAGCAGAUCCUGUAUGUCCUGGACAACGUUAGGUAGGGCCUCUGUGCAUCUGACCUGUUUUAACCACAGAUGCUCAAUCAGGUUCAAAUGUUUGCAAUUUGGAGGCUAGGUCAACACCCUUGAAAUCUUCGUCAUGUUCCUCUAACUAUUCCUCAGCUAUGCUUGCAGUGUGGCAAGGAGCACUACCCUGUUGAAAGAGGCCACUGCCAUCAGCAGACACCACUGUGAUGCAGGAGUGUAUGUGGUCUGUAUCAAAGUUACAUCCACGUGAAAGCCAGUUGUCACACCAUCACAAUUUGGCGUUUGUCAGAGUCACUCAUGUCUUUACGCCACCCAUUUUUCCUGCGUCAAACACAUCAGCUUCAAGAACUGAUUGUUCACCAGAUGCCCAAUCUCUUCCAACCUCUUGACAUUUAUCAUUUUAAGGUAAUGCUCAGUGUUAUUGAUGUGACAUGACAGUGAUUUAAUUUUGCAGCUGAUGGCUAAACUUUUUCAGCUUCACUGUGAAGAAAAUUUGUAGACGUGUGUACAUGCACUCAUGCACACAGCUUUAUGAAUGUGAUGAAGUUCCUUUUGGGCCCAACUUUUGGCAUGCAUCAUACAUGAGCGUUUUCUGUUUCUGGCAGACAAAACCUGUAAUGAAAUCAUGUAAUGUCUGAACCACCUCAAACAUACUGUCUUGUACCAACAUUUUCUGUUGUGUCUUGCUUGCAUGUUUGUAUUGAUAUGUCAUUGAGAUAGAGGGAAGUACAGUGGCAAACAAACGUUCACACAAGUUAACCACUAGCAGCACACAACAGAAAAAUCCCUGGCUUGUUGGUAGAAUACUUAUUGCCCUUACACAGGAUUGGUUAUUUCGUAAAUGGUCACUUUCCUGCCCCCUAAUGCUGACAAUGAGUCUUUGUUUGAGUCGCCAGUCACCUGUCACACUAAUGAGGUAGCAUUUUCUGAUGCUGUGUUGCAUUACUGUUCAGCCUUUUAGUUGAGAAUAUUUAGAUUAACUUAAUCAAAGCUCUGGAGUCUCUUUGACUUAGAGUUGAUAACUCGGUGUACUCAAAGACAGAUGAUCAUGUAGUCAGUGCUAUAUUCUGCAGGUUUUGUGUUCCCCUUGUAGUUUACCAAAAACUUGUGCACAUGUGAGAUCGACUUUUUCAAAGCACAGUUAGCAAAACUACAGAUAUUUCAAUUUCAAAUAUCAUCAUCAGUAUGUUUGUUUUGAAAGCAUGUGCUCAAGUCUGUCUGGGAGAGGAAGUUGCAGUCAGUCAGUCAGUCACUGCCUUGUAUAUACAACGGGAAUGACUGACAUGGUGCAAAUCAGAUAUGUAUGUAUAAAUGAUGAUGUAUAAGUAUGUCAGGCUGUUCAGAAGCUGACUGUAAAACACAAACUCUGCAGAGGACUAAGGGAACCCACUGAGUCAGCUGAUAGCAUGUCCACAUAUGCAGCAUUGAACAGGGGCCUUCAUUCGCUGCUACACUCUGAGUAUUUGUUCUGAAUCAUUGUCUGCUGAAUGAAAUUAUAUUUUUCCGUCACAUUUUGGAUAAAAUGAUGUUAAUAAAGGUUCUGAAAACAAAUGGAAACAUUUUUUUUUAUUUUAAGAGACUAAUAAAAUAAAUAGUUGAUUUAAAAUAAUUUUUUUUGGCAGAAAACAAACAUAACACAACUCCCCUUAACCUGCAAGGCCAUCUAGUGAUGGGAAUAACUUUUCAUGAAUAUAUAACCCAAACUAAAUCCCUGGCAAACAAAGUGUAAAACUACAUGUUUGUGACCAUAUUAUUUAAAACCUUUUCCAAAAAAGGCUCAUAAACAAAGCUAUUCAACACUUGGAGGCAACAUUUAAUAUAAAUAUUCUUUAUGACCUCUAAUAAAUGUUUUUUUGUCAUUUCAGCCCAUUCCUACUGUGCAAAGGCGUCCAGCUCAUUAAUAUUAUUUGUUUUUUGUAUUGCCACUGAUUUUUUAGGACUGACACGGCCACUCAGGGUUACUCCAGGAACAAUUGCAGUAUCAGUACCAGUGCGUAUUGGAUGAAGUUAAGCAAAAAAAACAAAAAAAAAAAGGAAUGCAAAUGUUUGAUGAUAGGUUUGCACACUCUUUACUUUCUUAUCCAGCUUCAAUAGGUGUUCACCUGGGGCUUUUCUAGCAGCUAAAUCAGAUGAGAUGGUGUGGGGCUGCAGAAGAUUGUGGCGUCCAUCCUGGUAAAAAUCAUGGCACCAGUCACACAACCAGCUUCAGCAAAAGAAACCCACAGCAGCAUGGAGACACUUUGAUGCUUGGCUGAAUGGUGUUCCUCUUGGCAGUAAAAGUUUUGUCUCAUUGCUCCAUUAGACACACACCCCAUAUUCAUCAGGCUGAUUCUUUUUGUUAUUCCAUUUGGAAGUUGAAUUCUAUGUGCUUUUUGGUGGAGAAUGGAAUGUAGUGAGGUUUGCAGGAAUAAGUCCAUGCCACUUUAAUGUUCUUAACACUUAAAGUGAUAUGUUUGUUACUGAAGUGUGGAAAGUGUGAGAAAGUGAGAGUGGAACGUAAAUUAUCUUAUGCUGAAGCUGCAAAGCAAGUAAAGAGACAAGAUUUGGGUCAAAGAGGACAUCCAUGGGAUCCAGUCGGGGGAGCCAGUGCGAUUUUAAGGAGGGUUUAGUGGUUGAGAAGAAAAAGCUGGUAACAUUUAUCGCAGAUGUAUUCAAUAGUACAGCAGAAGUGGAGUCUAAAACUCAAAAGAUUCAGCUGAUAGUAAAAGCAGGAGUGCACCACCUUGGACUGGUAGGAGUGGCUUGGGAAGAGGUUAGAGAUGAGCUCCAGGCAAGAGCCAGUCAGGAAGGAUAUGGUUAAUAUUUUUCAUGGUAUUGAUACUCCAGUGGAAUGCAAUAUCUCUUAUUGCACAUGGGCAGGAAUUAGAGAGUUUUACUGAAGGUUUAGUAACAAAGCUAGAUGUAAUAUGUGUUCAAGAGACUUGGUUGAAGUAACUAUUGAACAAGAUAACUGUCAAAAAGGUGUAUGCAUGAGUCUAACAUUCGUAUUCGUAUUUAUAUGUCAAUAAAAAUCUUGUACCCAAAA